GACCACAACAAACAGCGAUCGCCAGGUGGAGUCCUGACUGGUUCCAGGAAACAGAUCACCUGUCUGAGCGUCCAGGAGUGGACUGGAAACUUUCUUCUUCUUCUUCAGCGCUUUGAAUAAAGUGUGAAGGUAGAAAGUGUGUGUGAGCUGCUGUGAGUUGAGCAUCAUGGAUGAGUGUGAGGACAGAGAGGAGGGAGUCCCUCCCUCUAAAAGCUCUCUGUGUGGGGAACAGGAGAACCAGAGCAAAGCUCAGAGAGUGGAGCAGCAGAACUCAGAGGUUCCCAGAGCUCAGUCUGUCCAGCAGCAUCACCUGGACUCCAUAUUCAUGCUGCUGGAGGACAACAUGGUGACUUUUGUGAAGAAGGAGCUGAAGAAGAUGCAGAAGCUUGUGAGUCCAGAUUACCCAGAAUGCUCGUCAGAGAGUCAGAGGGAGGAUGAGGAGGAGUUGGAGGGUGAUGAUGAAGAUGAGAGGAGCAGCAGAGAGAUGUUUGAGCAGAUCACAGUGUUGUUCCUGAGGAGGAUGAAGCAGGAGAAGCUGGCUGACUGUCUGCAGAGCAAACUUGCUGCUGGAGUUUGUGGACGUGAACUUAAACGUGGUCUGAAGAAGAAGUUCCAGAGAGUGUUUGAGGGCAUCGCUAAAGCAGGACAGAAGACCCUCCUGAAUGAGAUCUACACAGAGCUGUACAUCACAGAGGGAGGGACUGCAGAGGUCAAUGAUGAACAUGAGGUCAGACAGAUUGAAGCAGCAUCCAGGAAAGCAGACAGAGCAGAAAGAAGCAUCAGAGCAGAAGACAUCCUUAAACGCUCACCUGGAAGAGAUGGACCAAUCAGAACAGUGAUGACAAAGGGAGUGGCUGGCAUCGGGAAAACAGUGUUAACACAGAAGUUGACUCUGGACUGGGCUGAAGACAAAAGGAACCAGGAUAUCCACUUCAUGUUUCCAUUGACUUUCAGAGAGCUGAAUGUGGUGAAAGAGAGAAAGUUCAGCUUGAUGGAACUUGUUCAUCACUUCUUCAGUGAAACCAAAGCUGCAGGAAUCUGCAGCUUUGAACACUUCCAGGUUGUGUUGAUCUUUGACGGUCUGGAUGAGUGUCGCCUUCCUCUGGACUUCCACAACAAUGAGGUCCUGACUGAUGUUAGAGAGUCCACCUCAGUGGAUGUGCUGCUGACAAACCUGAUCAGGGGGAAGCUGCUUCCCUCUGCUCGCCUCUGGAUAACCACACGACCUGCUGCAGCCAAUCAGAUCCCUCCUGACUGUGUGGACAUGGUGACGGAGGUCAGAGGGUUCACCGACCCACAGAAGGAGGAGUACUUCAGGAAGAGAUUCAGAGAUGGGAGGAAGGCCAGCAGCAUCAUCUCCCACAUGAAGAAGUCACGAAGCCUCCACAUCAUGUGCCACAUCCCAGUGUUCUGCUGGAUCACUGCUACAGUUCUGGAGGAGCUGCUGAGAAGCAGAGAGGGAGGAGAUCUGCCCAGAACCCUGACUGAGAUGUUCAUCCACCACCUGGUGGUUCAGGCCAAAGUCAAGAAGAUCAAGUAUGAUGGAGGAGCUGAAACAGAUCCACACUGGAGUCCAGACAGCAGGAGGAUGAUUGAGUCUCUGGGAAAACUGGCUUUUAAUCAGCUGCAGAGAGGAAACCUGAUCUUCUAUGAGUCUGACCUGACAGAGUGUGGCAUCGAUGUGGAAGCAGCCUCAGUGUACUCAGGAGUGUUCACACAGAUCUUUAAAGAGGAGAGUGGACUGUACCAGGACAAGGUGUUCUGCUUCGUCCAUCUGAGCGUUCAUGAGUUUCUGGCUGCUCUUCAUGUCCAUCAGACCUUCAUCAACUGUGGAAUCAACCUGAUGGAAAAACAACAACGAACAACCUCCAACAAACCUGAUCCAAUAGUUUUCUACCAGAGAGCUGUGGACGAGGCCUUACAGAGUCCAAACGGACACCUGGACUUGUUCCUGCGCUUCCUCCUGGGUCUGUCACUGUCGACCAAUCAGAAUCUCCUACCAGGCCUGCUGACACAGACAGGAAGUAGCUCACAGACCAAUCAGAAAACAGUGAAGUACAUCAAGGAGAAGAUCGGUGAGAAUGUGUCUGCAGAGAGAAGCAUCAAUCUGUUCCACUGUCUGAAUGAACUGAAGGAUGUUUCUCUAGUGGAGAAGAUCCAACAGUCCCUGAGAUCAGGACGUCUGUCCACAGAUAAACUGUCUCCUGCUCAGUGGUCAGCUCUGGGCUUCAUCUUACUGUCAUCAGAAGAACAUCUGGACGUGUUUGACCUGAAGAAAUACUCUGCUUCAGAGGAGGUUCUUCUGAGGCUGCUGCCAGUGGUCAAAGCCUCCAAGAAAGUUGUACUGAGUGGCUGUAAUCUGUCAGAGAGAAGCUGUGGAGCUCUGUCCUCAGUCCUCAGCUCCCAGUCCUCCAGUGUGACAGAGCUGGACCUGAGUAACAACAACCUGCAGGAUUCAGGAGUGGAGAGUCUUUCUGCUGGACUGGAGAGUCCACACUGUAAACUGGAAGCUCUCAGGUCAGGACUCAUCAACCUGUUCAACUGAUGACCAUUUAAAAUGUGUUUUUAUUCAUGAUGAGCAGAACAGCUGAGAUGGGAGGUUUUCUGUAUUUGUAUGACUCAGAUCAGUUGUGUUACUGACCUUUAGCUCUAGUUCCUCUUAAUGAGGCCUCUUCCACUACAGGAACUGAACAACCUGGAACCUGCAUCACAGAACCAGGACCAAACAACUUGAGGCUUUUAGUCACUGGAAGGUUCUGUCAAUUCA